AAAAGCAGGAAUCUCUGAGAAACGACGCGUAAAGAAACGCUUUUUCCAUUUUAGGGGAGUUAUUGAAUGGAACCCAAACCUGCAGUAUAGUUAGAAAUUCACCGCAAAGGGUUUCUUAUUUUGCUCUAGGGUUUUGCUUUAUAAUUCCAUUUUUGAUUUCAUUCUGAAACCUUCAUCAUCUCAAUCAUUUUUCUCUUCUUCUCUCACAUUAUGUUUCGGUGAUAAGAAGACCGCCGGAGAUUGUUCAUCUCGCCGUUUCUCUACAUUUCCGGUCAUUUUAAGGAGCAAUCAGUAUUUUAAGGAGGAAAAAUGAGUCAGAAAAAAGGGGGUGGCAAGCCAUCUUUUCCUGGUAGUAGUAGUUCACCUGCAAAAUGGAAAGAUGCAGGUGGACAAAUCUCUGGAGGUUCAGGCUCUGGUAACCUAAAGGCUGGAGUUGUACAGCUGGGUUCUAAUAUCGCAGACCUAAGCCUUGAUUCCGGUAAAGAUUCUCAGUGGGAGGUAGUGUCUCGCAAGAAUCGAGGCGCGGCAAGUGCACCAAAACAGUGGGGUCCCCAAAAUUCCUCUUCUCCAUCCUUGGUUUCGGGAAGUUCCCAAAAUUCCUCUUCUGCAUCCUGGGUUGCAGGAAAGGCUGCAGGAGGUGCCUGGCAGGAUAAUAAGUCAGGUGGACGAGGAAUUACGAAAAGCCAAUCUCCCAAUGCAAGCUGGGAGAAAAAUUACAUGGCACCACCAAGUAAGAUUGCUCCUCCUUUACAACAUGGUUGGCAGUGGGGUGCAAGAAAUGGCCAAGUUCAAGCUAAGGCAGCAGAGAAUGUACCAGUUCAAGCUAAUCCAGCAGAGAGAGAGAGUCUCGAAUAUGAUGUUGAUUAUGAGGAAGACAUGAUCGAAGAUAGCGAUGAUGACAUCUAUUCUGAUGGUUUCGAUUCAGAUGAUAGCGUGAAGAGCCAUGAGACCCGCAAACAGAACAAGUGGUUUAAGAAGUUCUUCGACAUCUUAGAUAAAUUGACCCUUGAGGAAACAAAUUCAUCUAUACGGCAGUGGCACUGCCCAGCAUGCCAAAAUGGACCAGGCGCGAUUGACUGGUACAAAGGAUUGCAACCACUAAUGGCCCAUGCUAAGACCAAAGGAUCCAAGAGGGUGAAGCUUCACAGAGAGUUUGCUGAACUCUUGGAUGAGGAGCUGAGCCGGAAGGGAACUUCUGUUGUACCAGUUGGUGAGGUAUAUGGUAAAUGGCAUGGUCUUCAUCGAUCUGUUCCUGAUAAACAAAUUGUUUGGCCUCCGAUGGUUGUAGUUAUGAACACUCAGCUUGAUCAAGACGAAAAUGAGAAGUGGAUUGGCAUGGGUAAUCAAGAGCUGCUUGAUUAUUUUAGUGCAUAUAAUGCAGUGAAGGCUCGUCAUUCCUAUGGUCCGAAAGGGCACCGGGGAAUGAGUCUCCUCGUAUUUGAAGGCUUACCUACAGGCUAUGUAGAAGCUGAGAGACUUCACAAUCAUUUUGUUAAGGAAGGAAGAGACAGGGAUGCCUGGGAUCAUCGCAGAAUUCUGUUCUAUGCAGGUGGAGCACGCAAAUUGUAUGGUUUCAUCGCAAACAAGGAGGAUAUGGAUAACUUCAACCUCCAUUCUCCAGGUAAGUCAAAGCUGAAAUUUGAAAUGAGAUCAUAUGAAGAGAUGGUGGUAACUCCAAUGAAGCAAAUGAGUGAAGAGAAUCAGCAGCUGUUAUGGUAUAAGAACAGGCUCGAUAAAAAUCAACGUCACACAAAAGGCCUCGAAGAAUCGCUUGGGAUUAUGAGUGAGAGGUUAAGAAAGACGACGAAAGAGAACGUCAUUGUGCGGGAAAGAACAAAAUUGCAGCAUGAGCAGAAUAAGGAAGAGAUGGAUCAACAAGAACAAUUUUACAAGGCCCAAAUGGAGAUGAUCCAUCAAAAGUUGGGGGAAAAAGAAAAAAACUUUGCAGAACAGCUACAAGCAGAACGCACAAAGCAGUUGAAUGUUGUAGAUUCCAAGAGUACUGAAGAGAAGUUGAUCAGGAACAAGGAGAUUGCAAAAUUCAUUGAGACCCAGGAAGAAGGCAUAGAUCAAUUUUUAGCAGAAAGAGACAGCUUGAUCAAAUUGCAUGAAGAGAAGAAAGCAGAGCUGAAAUGUAAGCAUUUGCAAGAAGAGGUUGACCUGGAGAAGGAGUUCGAUACAUCGUUGACUGAACUCAUGAGUCGCCACAGUCCUCAAUCCGCUUAAGGUGGGAUUCUAGCUUUGGUUCAUGGUCACAAGUAGAAGUUGUAGAGAGGGAUAUGCAGGAACAUACAUACAGUCUUUCCCGCUUUAGCCAUAGACACCCAGUUUAACUUACUGCACUUUUUUAUUUUCUUCUUUUGAUUUUCUAGGCGUAAGUUCUGAAGAAAAUGACUCCAGUUAUUUUCUUCCUUUUGAAGUCUAGGCUUUUAUAUUCUGAAGAAAAUGAAAAGACAAAUGGUGGUAUAGUAGUAUACCGAAACUCUUUUACUGUUUGAUUUUUCAAUCAGUAAUACUAAUACUAUUACUAUUAGUACUUAACUUAGAGUUUCCUCUUAUUUCCCGA